AGACAUGGGGCUUGCACAUGCAAAGCUUUUGAACUGGUUGCUGUCACUGUCGAGUCUGGUGUGCUGUUCUGCUGCUGCUGAUGUGGAUGAGCCCAACCUGAGCAAGAGUUUCUUGCCUCAGCAUGAAUCUGAUCACGGGGGUGCUGUUGGCUCUUCACAAGAUACAAGGCUACAUGUUUUCACAGUGGACUAUGACUAUGUGCAAAUUCCCUAUGAAGUUACUCUUUGGAUCCUCCUUGCCUCUCUUGCAAAAAUAGGUUUCCAUAUCUAUCAUCGAUUACCAAGACUCAUGCCUGAAAGCUGCAUCCUGAUUGCCAUUGGAGCACUAGUGGGAGCAAUCAUCUUUGCUUCUGAUCACAAAUCUCCACCAGUGAUGAACACAAGUAUUUACUUCUUGUAUCUCCUUCCUCCCAUUGUCCUGGAGGAGGGUUAUUUCAUGCCAACUCGCCCAUUUUUUGAAAACUUUGGGUCCAUCCUGUGGUGGUCUGUGCUGGGAUCUCUGCUGAACUCAUUUGGGAUUGGCCUCUCCCUCUACGGACUCUGCCAGAUUGAAGCCUUUGGCCUGACCGACCUGAACCUGCUACAGAACCUGCUCUUUGGCAGCAUGAUUUCUGCUGUGGAUCCUGUGGCAGCUCUCGUAGUUUUUGAAGAAGCCUCCGUUAAUGAGCAGCUUCACAUGAUGAUCUUUGGAGAGUCAUUGCUAAAUGAUGGCAUAACUGUGGUUUUAUAUAACAUCUUCAUCGCCUUCACCCAGAUGCACAGGUACGAAGAAAUUGAAUCCAUCGAUGUCUUUGCUGGCUUCGCUCGCUUCUUCGUGGUGGGGCUGGGUGGCAUAUUGUUCGGCAUCGUCUUUGGAUUUGUUUCAGCGCUCAUGACUCGAUUCACCCACAACGUUUCUGCUAUUGAACCUCUGCUGGUCUUCAUGUUCAGCUACCUGUCAUACUUGUCUGCUGAAACCCUUUACAUCUCAGGCAUUUUGGCGAUGACAGCAUGUGCAGUGACAAUGAAAAAAUAUGUGGAGGAGAAUGUUUCCCAGAAUUCCUAUACCACAAUAAAAUAUUUCAUGAAGAUGCUAAGCAGCGUCAGUGAGACCCUGAUUUUCGUGUUCAUGGGGGUGUCUACAGUUGGGAAAAACCACGAGUGGAACUGGGCCUUCAUUUGCUUCACUCUACUCUUCUGCUUCAUUUGGCGGACACUGAGUGUAUUUGCUCUCUUCUACAUCGGUAACAAGUUCCGAACUUAUCCCUUUACCUUCAAAGACCAACUGAUUAUUUCCUACAGUGGCCUUCGAGGAGCCAGCAGCUUCUCUCUUGCAUUCUUGCUUCCAGCAAAUCUCUUCCCAAGAAAAAAAUUGUUCAUUACUGCUACUCUUGUAGUUAUAUAUUUCACUGUCUUCAUCCAAGGAAUCACAAUUGGACCAUUAGUCAGAUAUCUAGAUGUUAAGAAGACCAACAAAAAGGAGUCUAUCAACGAAGAAAUUCAUGUGCGAUUGAUGGAUCACUUAAAAGCUGGUAUUGAAGACAUAUGUGGACAUUGGAGUCAUUAUCAGCUGAGAGAUAAAUUUAAGAAGUUUGACAAUAAGUAUUUGAAGAAAAUCUUAAUUCGGGAGCACCAGCCCAAAUCCAGCAUUGUGUCAUUGUACAAAAAGAUGGAAAUAAAACUGGCCAUCGAGAUGGCUGAGAGUGGCAUGAAAAUUUCAGAAGCAUCCACAGCUUCUUUACAGAGCGGUAGAAAGAGGCGUGUGCACAGGCUGUCCCCCGCAGAGGUGGAGUCCAUGAGAGAUGUCCUGGCACAUAAUCUGUACCAAGUGCGA